UUUCCGUGUCUUAUCAAGAUUCCGGUGACGUAAUAAAACGACAAACGUUGUCUGCGUUUAACAAAACCAUUAAUAUCAGAUUUAUAUUACAUAAACUCAAACAAGGUGUUUAUUAGAUUGUCAGACUUCGUGGUUAUGAACUUAUGAUAUAAGGUUUUUACACUACUAAAUUAUUAAGGAUGUCUUCAGCUAAUGGGACUGUUGGUCACAUAGUUUCUUCAUCAUCAGGGAUUUCAUCAAAUCUUCUUCACAUGUCUUCCGUUUCCUCUGACGAAACUUGUUCGAAAAGAGCCUCGUUUGUUACUCAGUCAUCAGGAAUUCUUCGGUCUACAGCUUUUCGCGAGUAUAUGAAAGAAAAUAACACUAGCUCUUGGUGUACUGAUUCGCUGUCUGAUUUUCUUGAUUAUACCGAAAACAUGUCGUCCGAGGAUGUUGGCAAGCCAAACGACUGGCAAGAUUGGGCCGAUCAGCUUAUUGCUGAUGAUGACGGUGCAAGUCCGAAUUGGAACGAGAUAUUAGUUGACACUCCUGUUGCUGAUCAACAUCCAAAGAUGGAAUAUUAUGUGCGAAAACCGUCCAAAACUACAUUGUCACUGCAAUUAAACACACCUGUUCCUGCAUCGCCUGGAGAGGCUUGCACCCCGAUGACACCAUCGUCGUGUGGAAGUGGGUCCCAGAGCAAGCCUCGUAUGCGUUGGACACCGGAACUACAUGAAGUGUUUAUGGAGGCAGUCAACAAGCUCGGUGGAAGCGAAAGUGCUACCCCGAAGGGAGUAUUGAAGCUAAUGAAGGUUGAGGGCUUAACCAUAUAUCAUGUAAAAAGUCAUCUGCAGAAAUAUCGGACGGCUAAAUACAAACCUGAGUCUUCAUCACAAGGACCUUCAGAGAAAAAGCCUACUCUAACGCAAGAUUUACCGCCAUUGGAUUUUAAAACGAGUUCCGAGAUCACUGAAGCACUAAGAUUACAGGUGGAAGUACAAAAAAAAUUACAUGAACAACUUGAGAUUCAAAAAAACCUACAAAGGAGAAUAGAAGAACAAGGCAGAUACCUCCAAAAGAUCUUUGAGAAGCAAUGCAAGUUUCAACCCUCAUCUUCCACCCUUGAUAAAUCAGAAACCGAGUUGACCAAUGAAAUCUCAAGUUCUCCAAGCCAACCCGAAACAGAACCCGGCCCGAUUAAACUUGGACUAACUUCAUCAGAAAAGCAACAAGAAGAAGAAGCUGACCACUCAGAAUCACAACCCUCAAAACGUGCUAAAUUAAACGAGUCAUCAUCUUUAGAGCUGUAGACAUAACGUAGAUACAAGCGUGCCUAGAGUCUAGACUUUGCUUGGUUACAAAUGUAAAUAUGUAUCGGAUUUGCAUUCUUUGUUUUGGCAGCCUAAGUUGAACUAGAUGAACGUUUUCUAUAAGGAUUAUUGCGGUUGGAAACGGGUCGGGCCAAUGAUUGUAGUCAAGUUCUUGUGGCACAAAUCCAUAACAGGUGUUUAAAUAUGAUAUCAGAAAAUGUUUGUUACUAA